AUGAUGAGAACUUACCAUUGCUUCUGGCUGCUGUUUUGGGCUGGUCAGCCCCACCAAAGUUUCUUAACUCCAUUACCCAAAAGGACUAGUGGCUUUCCAGAAAAGGAAAAGGUUUUGGUAUUGUCUGGAAACAGUAGGCGAGACCUCCACCGUUCCAAAAGGAGCUGGAUGUGGAAUCAGUUCUUUUUAUUGGAGGAAUACACAGGAACUGACUACCAAUACGUUGGCAAGCUGCAUUCAGACCAGGAUAAAGGGGAUGGAUCACUUAAGUACAUCCUUUCUGGAGAUGGAGCAGGAGACCUUUUCAUUAUCAACGAAAACACUGGUGACAUCCAGGCCACAAGGAGACUAGACAGAGAAGAAAAGCCUGUGUACAUUCUCCGUGCCCAGGCUGUAAACAGAAGGACUGGAAGACCAGUGGAACCAGAAUCUGAGUUCAUCAUUAAGAUCCAUGAUAUCAAUGACAAUGAGCCAAUGUUUACAAAGGAUGUUUACAACGCCAGCAUUCCUGAAAUGUCAGAUGUUGGUACCUUCGUCGUGCAAGUCACUGCAACCGACGCUGACGAUCCCACAUAUGGGAACAGUGCUAAAGUUGUCUACAGCAUUCUCCAGGGACAACCAUAUUUCUCUGUCGAAUCUGAGACAGGCAUUAUUAAAACUGCUUUGCUAAACAUGGACCGUGAAAACAGGGAACAAUACCAAGUGGUCAUCCAGGCAAAGGACAUGGGAGGCCAGAUGGGUGGAUUAUCAGGAACCACCACCGUGAACAUCACACUGACUGAUGUAAACGACAAUCCACCUCGCUUCCCCCAGAGCACGUACCAAUUCCGAGCUCCUGAGUCUAUGCCAUCUGACUCGCCAAUUGGCAGGAUAAAAGCUAAUGAUGCUGAUGUGGAUGAAAAUGCAGAGAUUGAAUACAGCAUCACUGAGGGGGAUGGAUAUGACAUGUUUGGAAUUAUCACAGACAAGGACACACAGGAAGGAAUUAUAACUGUCAAAAAGGCACUGGAUUUCGAAAAGAAAAAUCUGUAUAUUCUGAAAGUGGAAGCUACCAAUACUCAUGUGGACCCUCGAUUCCUCUACCUGGGGCCAUUCAAGGACUCGGCUACAGUCAGAAUUCAAGUGGAAGAUGUUGAUGAGCCUCCUGUGUUCAGCAGACCAGCUUACAUAAUGGAAGUGAAAGAAGAUGUUCCAAUAAACAGUGUAAUAGGAACAGUAACUGCUCAGGAUCCAGAUGCUGCCAAGAACCCUGUCAAGUACUCUGUAGAUCGACACACUGAUAUGGACAGAGUAUUCAACAUCAAUUCAGGAAAUGGUUCGAUAUUUACUUCAAAACCCCUUGACCGGGAAACACUGCUAUGGCACAACAUUACAGUAAUAGCAGCAGAGAUCAACAACCCAAAAGAAAGUAGCCGUGUCCCAGUGUUCAUUAAAGUUCUGGAUGUAAAUGACAAUGCUCCGGAGUUUGCCAUGUUUUAUGAGACAUUCGUCUGUGAAAAUGCAAAGGCAGAACAGGUGUGGUGUAAUUUUUUCCUAUCGUUUCAGCUGAUACAAACGUUAAGUGCUGUUGAUAAAGAUGACUCUUACAGUGGACAUCAGUUUUCAUUCUCCUUACCUCCAGAGACAGCGAGCAGCUCCAACUUUACACUACAGGACAAUAGAGACAACACAGCAGGGAUUUUCACCCGAAAAACCAGAUAUAACCGGCAUGAAAUGAGUACCUACUUCUUGCCAGUGGUAAUAUCAGACAAUGACUACCCUAUCCAGAGCAGCACUGAAACGGUGACUAUUCGAGUGUGUGCUUGCGACCAUCGAGGAAAGAUGCUGUCCUGUAAUGCAGAAGCCUUGGUUCAUCCUACAGGUCUUAGCACUGGGGCUCUUAUUGCCAUUCUUCUCUGUAUCAUUAUAUUACUUGUUACAGUAGUGCUGUUUGCAGCACUGAGACGGCAGCGGAAGAAAGAGCCUUUGAUUAUUUCCAAAGAAGACAUCAGAGACAACAUUGUCAGUUAUAAUGAUGAAGGUGGUGGAGAGGAAGACACCCAGGCAUUUGAUAUCGGCACACUGAGAAAUCCUGAAGCCAUAGAUGACAAUAAAUUACGCAGAGACAUUGUGCCAGAAACACUUUUUAUGCCACGGCGAACUGCAACGGUGCGAGAUAAUGCAGAUGUCAGAGAUUUCAUUAACCAAAGGUUAAAGGACAAUGAUACAGACCCAACAGCACCCCCAUAUGACUCGUUAGCAACCUAUGCGUACGAAGGUAACGGUUCUGUGGCCCAAUCCCUCAGCUCCUUGGAGUCAGUGACUACGGAAGGAGAUCAGGACUACGAUUACCUCAGUGACUGGGGCCCUCGGUUUAAAAAGCUGGCAGAUAUGUAUGGCGCAAUGGACAGUGACAGAGACUCUUAA